GCAUUCCCAAAGAAGGGAUUAGGGGGCGGGGCCAAGAUUAAUUGUUAAUGUGUGACUAAACUAUCUUGCUGAACGUAAACACAACCCUAGAAGAAGACGGGUUGAAGAUCUGGUUUACAUACUUGGUGGACCAGUCUGCCUGCGGGAAUGCUCAAUCCUCAAAUAUCUUUAUCUGAACUACCAAAGAUGUCGGGGCCAAGCCAAGCCGAGAGGGCUGUUUUGGAGGAGGAGUUUAACUGGUUGCUGAAAGAGGAGGUCCAUGCUGUUUUGAAGCAGCUCCAGGAUAUACUGAAGGAGGCAUCCAGGAGGUUCUCCAUUCCCACCCCAGGACUGGAGAACCAACUGAAACAGGAGAACUUCAUCCUGGGCAGCUCAACCAUGGACCAGGUGAAAGGAGUACUGACUCUCCAGGGAGAAGCCCUGACUCAAGCUGACAUCAAUCUGAAAACUGCUAAAAGCAACCAAGUGAUGCAUUUCACAUUCAGGGAUGAUAAGCACUGGAAAUUACAACAGAUCCAGGAUGCUAGGAACCAUGUGAAUCAGGCUCUGCAGCUGCUGAGUGGUAGAAAUGAGAGCUACCACUUUAAGACUGGGGCUGAGGUCAACAAGCUGAUGGACGCGGUGAUGCUCCAGCUGACCAGGGCUCGUAACCGCCUCACCACUCCGGCAGCUAUGACCCUGCCGGAGCUGGCCACCAGCGGCCUCAUGAAAAUGUUCACUCCUCCAAUGCCAGGCGAUGUGAUGGUGAACUUCUAUAUCAACCUGAGUAAGCUGUGUCUGACUGUCUACCAGCUGCACGCAAUGCAGCCCAACACCACCAAGAACUUCAAGCCAUCUGGAAGCUCCGUGUUACACAACCCCGGAGCCAUGUUCGAGCUGAACAAUGCUAAGUUUGAGGUGAGCCAGGUUCACAAGGUGGAGUGUGUUGUCCCCUGGCUCAACAACACCCUGAUUUUCUUCACCAUCUCACUGCAGCUCUGUCAGCAGCUCAAGGACAAGAUUUCCGUCUUCUCUAGUUUCUGGAACUACCGACCGUACUAACCUCCUGCAGCUAGCUGCCCAUCAGAAUGCCUAGGUGUUCUAAACCUCCUGCAGCUAGCUGCCCGUCAGAAUGCCUAGGUGUUAGCUGACCGUCAGAAUGCCUAGGUGUUCUAACCUCCUGCAGCUAGCUGACCGUCAAAAUGCCUCGGUGCUAGCUGACCGUCAGAAUGCCUCGGUGUUCUAACCACCUGCAGCUAGCUGACCGUCAGAAUGCCUCGGUGUUCUGUCCUCCUGCAGCUAGCUGACCGUCAGAAUGCCUAGGAGUUCUGUCCUCCUGCAGCUAGCUGACCGUCAGAAUGCCUCUGUGUUCUGUCCAAAUCCUUCACACAAACCAACCCAGAUAAAAGGGAUGUCUUGAAAAUAUUGUCUGAAUUGAAGUGGGUUUUGUUUGUAUAAUUUACAAGAGAACAGCCGGAUCAAAGUCCAUAUACAUUACCAGUGUUUAGUAUUCCAGGGUUUAGGGCCCAUCCAUGUGUUACAGCUGCUUUAAAUCAGUCCCAAAUCAACCCCUACACCCUAACCCCUAGACUACACUCCCUACUUGUGAAGAAAGUAUAGGGCUAAGCAAUAUGGUGGGGCUACUAUCCAAUACAUUCAGUGUUUCCCCUAGUUGGGGGUCGUUAGCGCAAUGAUUAGAAGUCUAUGGGAAUGAAUAUAGGGGAAACACUGCAUGACUAGAAGUCUAUGGGAAUGAAUAUAGGGGAAACACUGCAUGACCAGAAGUCUAUGGGAAUGAAUAUAGGGGAAACACUGCAUGACUAGAAGUCUGGGAAUGAAUAUAGGGGAACACUGCAUUCUGAUCUAGACAAGUAGGGACUAGGGGUUGAUUUAGGAUUGGGUGCAUGUAUCUCUUUGUGUGUCAUCUGUUGUAUAGUACUAACUAACUUGGACCUCCCUGUUGUAUAGUACUAACUAACUUGGACCUCCCUGUUGUAUAGUACUAACUAACUUGGACCUCCCUGUUGUAUAGUACUAACUAACUUGGACCUCCCUGUUGUAUAGUACUAACUAACUUGGACCUCCCUGUUGUAUAGUACUAACUAACUUGGACCUCCCUGUUGUAUAGUACUAACUAACUUGGACCUCCCUGUUGUAUAGUACUAACUAACUUGGACCUCCCUGUUGUAUAGUACUAACUAGGACCUCCCUGUUGUAUAGUACUUACUAACUUGGACCUCGUUAUGAAUCAAUGGAUCAGCUUGUUGUUUUAGUCUGAAACACUUCUCUCGUUACUGAACUAACGUUCCUUAACUUGUAAGGUUUCUGACUCUAUAUUCUUUGGAAUUCCGCUUUUAUGUCAAGUGUAAAGGAAAACAGACAUUCCCAGCUUUUGAAGGGUAAACGUUCAUGCCUCCUCGACAAUAAGCUGUUAUUGUAUCAGUUAAUUUUAAUGUUUUUAUUUAUUCAAUUGUUUUAUUUUUGCACUUAUGUUACUUUGCCUUUGAUUCCCUGUGAAGUGAAGAUCCAUUCCAAUGUUGAACAAACAAUUAUUACUGCAAGUGUUUAAGAAUCUAUUUAGAGAUGUGUUGAAUAUGUUGUGGACCAUAUGAUCUAUUAUCUGUGCAAUAAAGAUGUUAUACGGGAGUGUUCGGUCAGUCAAUCGGGGACAGAUUCAAUACAAAAUAUGAUUUAAUCAUUUGAAUGAUACAAUGUACAUGUUUCAACAUUGAAUUAUAUUGUUAAUAUAAUUAACUACAUUAAAGUCAUUGAAUCAA